AUGCUCUUCGAAAAGGCCGGAGACCCGCAGCCAAUUUUGCGGCUGCACAACGGGGACUGCGUGACGCAUGCAGACGCAGCGAAUCGGGAGUUUGUGAUAACUCACAAAUUGGAAAUAAAUCUGAAUUUGAAAGUCGGGGCUAGCCGCUGGGGUGUACGGACAGAUCUCGAUUGGUACAAAAAACUGGAAGAAAAUGGAUUUCUUCGCCGCAAAGUUGACCAGCGGGGCACCAAGGCGAACCAAGUCGGAGUUGUCUCAAAAGGUUGUUUGGAGCUUUACCGCGACUACGGCUCUCCGGGCGCGAAGCCGGUCAUUUCGCUGCUCGCCAGCCGCUGCACCGCCACCGCCAGCCGCGAGCGCCGCGAAAUCCGAAUUCUCCAUUCCAGCCCUUCGGGCAAAAGAGAGAGAAUAACAUUAGACUGCGCAAGUCUGGCUGAGUUCGACAGGUGGAACGUGGCGCUGCACUUCGGCAACUUCCUUAAAGGCGAAGCCAUUCAGGGCAACGGCUCGCAGGCCUAUGCGAACUUAACCAAAUAUGUCUUCCCCAUAAAUAUGUUCGAAGACGCCUCGGGCCGGAAGUCCGCACUGCUGAUUGAAAACAGAAAAAUAAUGCUUUUCCCAACCCCCGACGCAUCGGACCCGAUUCUCUGUUUCGACGCGAGUGAAUGCGAAGUGCAGCCAGUUAUAGCCCAGCGGAAACUGAGGGUUUAUGUGAACAUAUGCUGCUGCCUGCCAAAGAGACGGCUUUCCAGAAGCCAUCGUCGGAAAGCCGGUGGAGAGACUUUCCAUCCCCACGCGCACGCGGAGUUGACUCUGGAGGUUUCGAAGUACUCUUUUUCGACAGAAGGGUGGGAGUUUGCCCUCAAGAUUGUGGGCUUUAAGCCUUUUGCAAAUGUGCAGCUCCCUCGCUUCUUCCUUCCCCAAAUCAUGUGCGCUUAA